ACGACGUAGAAAUUGCGUAACUUGUGACGUCAUGGAAUCCAUAUUAGACGUCAUUCAAUUCCAAUGUCCAUGUGUCAGCCUUCAAAAGGAUAAUAAUUAAUUAUCUCAAUUUUGAGUUCAAUUGUGCUCUCUAUCGUUUUCACUCGACGCGUCCAGACGUUUUUCCUGGAAAGGCUUGCCCGUUCCAAGCGCAGGGGGCCCACUUUCUAAAAUUCCUAGUUAAGUGUCAUCACAAUCCUACAAAAUGAAAAUUUGGACCAGUGAACAUACAUUCAAUCAUCCCUGGGAGACGGUGGCUACAGCAGCUUGGAGAAAGUACCCUAAUCCACACAACCCUGCCGUUAUUGGUACCGAUGUGGUAGAACGAAAAGUGGUCGAUGGAGUACUUCAUACCCAAAGACUAGUUAGUUCUAUAUGGUAUUUUCCCAAAUGGGCUCAAGCACUCAUUGGCUCAGCAAAAGUAUGUUACGCAGCUGAACACUCAGAAGUAAACCCUUCGGCCAGGCACAUGAUUUUAAAAACGAUUAAUCUGACGUUCUGUCGACACAUUGCAGUAAAUGAAACUUUAAAGUACACGCCCCAUCCAUCGGAUCCUAGCAAGACGCUUUUGACGCAAGAAGCUGUGGUAACUGUACAAGGUGUUCCUCUCACAAAUUACAUGGAAGAUAUUCUAACCAAUAAGAUCUCGAACAAUGCAGGUAAAGGUAGACAAGCUAUGGAAUACGUAAUAACCAAAAUUAACGACGAAGUCAAAGAUCUCAGCAGAAGUACAGACGAAAUUUUACUCAACACCAAAAAAUCCUUCGACGAUCUAACAACUAGCGCGAAAAAGUCAAUGGACGACAUUUCCCAGAAAGCCAAAAAGAGCCUGGAUGACAUACAGCAUAUAAAAAUCAACGGGAAUUUUUCUGAAUGUUAACUUUUAAAUUUGCCCUAGGACAAUUUAUUUAUUUUUAUUUAAUUUUUUGAACAAAAAAAAAGUAUUAUUAAUCCAGCUGAAAUUGAUUAUUGUGUUCAAAUCCAGUGGGAAGUGGGCGAUGGGCACCUCUAUUGAUGUUUUUUUUUAGCAUUUAACUGUUUUUUCAAAGAAUGAGGUGCGAAAGAGAAAUGCCUUACACUUGUGUUAAAUGAGUUGGUUAUAUUAUGUAUUUACAUUCCUACCUAGGGAUUGUUUAGAAUUUUCUUGUCAACAAAAAUUUAAACAAACUCACAUGUAUUACCUAAUUGAAUAAAAUUAAUUUUUGUCUGUUUAAUUUUUUUUUUAAACAGAUAAUUCUGCUAAUAGUUGAUCUUCAAAUUACUACCAAAUAAAUUAGUAUUUCUUGUUGAAUUUGCU